AUGGCUUCAUGUGCCUUGUCAGAGGACGAUAUUCCCGGCGCUUCCCUGGCUGGAAGAGAACCUGCGACUUUGAAAAACGAAGAACUCCGGUUCUGUUUGAAACGUCGCGGAGUUUCGUUGAAGGGUUUGAAAACCAAGGCGUCACUAGUAAAGAGAAAAUCCUUUUCCUUCAAUAAAUGGUUGAAGAGAAUAGAAAGUCUCUCCGAAACAAUAGAACAAGGCGACGUCAGCAAAGACAUCAACCCGAGUGUUUACGGUGAAUCACAACCGAAGUAUCCGUCAGAUGGCUGGUCUGUCGAUCUCACCAGAAUGCCUUUCUUCACUCGCGCAGAAGUAAAUGAACAUAUAUCAAAGUCAGGGAAAUAUAUUGACUCCGACAUCAGCGCCCACUCUGUUCCAACGAGUGUUAGAAAAGCAACUACAUUUCUUCAAGACGAAUACUUGAAAGAAAUCGUGGCAGCAAGUGACGACAGUUAUUUUUAUUUCAAGUCGGAAUGUCACCACAGUUUCAAAAAGAAUGAUCCACUUCAUAACUUAAAAGGAACUCUGUGCAUUGUAAGUGGUAAGGUAGAACAUGCACACUGUACCUGUGUUGACGGUGCAAUUAGUGUUAGCCUUCAUGAUGAAAGUCUGAAGUUCACCUUGCAUCAAUGCAAGAGUAUCAGUGACGUAGACAGUGAAGAUGACGUACAGCCAAAACAGGCUUGCACAUCAAUGUUGCAACAAUGGCAUUGAAAGGAUAGAGGGAACACCAUAGUUCUACAACCAGCUAUGGAGGUUGUGGUUCACAAAACUCAUAAGGACUUAGACAGAUCUUCAUCAAGAGAACCUGGGGUGAGGUGUCUAUUAUACGAAGCCAGGACAA